AUGGCGCCGCUCAUGUUCAACUUUUCCUCGUCGGGCACAUCUCCGACCACCAGCACCGCCUUCACCAUGCCCAGCGUUGCCAACUCGGAGACAGACUCGGCCGCCGACAUGGGAGCCAACGGUCACAUGAGCGAUCACUUCGGCGACAUGGGCACCGCCACCCGGAAUCAGACACCCAUCGCCAUUGUCGGCAUGGCCUGCCGCAUGCCCGGCAGUGUUGCGACCCCCGCCGAGUUCUGGGAGCUCUGCUCUCGAGCGCGUAGUGGCUUCACCAAGGUGCCCAAGGAGCGCUUCAACCACGACCUGUUCUACCACCCCAACCCUGGGAAGACUGGCGCGUAUCACGCCGAGGGCGGCAACUUCCUCGAUGUCGACCUCGCCGCCUUUGACGCGCCGUUUUUCGGCCUCACCGAAAAGGAAGCCAUAUCAAUGGACCCGCAACAGCGCCUUCUGCUCGAGUGCACGUUCGAGGCACUAGAAAACGCCGGCGUGCCCAAGCAUUCGAUAAUCGGCAAGGACGUGGGCGUGUUCGUUGGUGGCAGCUUUGCCGAGUACGAGAGCCACCUCUUCCGCGAUAGUGAUACCAUCCCCAUGCACCAGGCGACCGGAUGCGCCCACGCCAUGCAGUCUAACAGACUAUCCCAUUUUUUCGAUCUGCGCGGCCCCAGCUUCACAGCCGACACCGCCUGUUCGGCAAGUCUAGUGGCCCUGCAUCUCGCAUGCCAGAGUUUGAGGACAGGCGAGUCAUCACAGGCCAUCGUUGGCAGCUGCCACCUGAACAUGCUGCCCGAGUUCUUCGUGUCAUUCUCGACCUGCAGAUUAUUAUCGGACUCUGGUCGCUCCAUCGCGUUCGACGAGCGUGGUAGUGGGUUCGGUCGUGGUGAAGGUUGCGGUGUCAUCCUCUUGAAGCCGCUGGACCAAGCUAUCAGGGACAACGAUUCGAUUCGUGCUGUGAUCAUGGGCAGCGGCAUCAAUCAGGAUGGCAAGACACCAGGCAUAACAAUGCCGAACGGGGAAGCUCAAGAGAAGCUCAUCAAUCAGGUCUACAGCAAUUUCGGCCUAGACCCUCUGGACUGUGGAUAUGUGGAGGCACAUGGAACUGGCACCAGAGUUGGCGACCCCAUCGAGGCGACAGCCCUUCACAACGCCCUAGGCCAAGGGAGAUCUGCACGGGACCCUCUCUACAUCGGCUCAGUGAAGUCCAACAUUGGACAUCUCGAAGCAGCAUCCGGUCUGGCUGGCGUCAUCAAGGCCGCCAUGAUGCUUGAGCGGGGGUUCAUUCUGCCGAAUCACGAUUUCAAGAAGCCCAACAGCAAAAUUCCCUGGAAGGAGUGGCACAUGUCCGUCGCAAAGACCCAGCGUCCAUGGCCCAAGGGGAAGAAGUACAUCAGUGUCAACAAUUUCGGCUUUGGUGGCACCAACGCCCACGUCGUCCUUGCCAAGGCACCUUACACCCCCGAGCCGGUCACGACGACGCAGCCCCAGCCGCAGGCACAACAGAAGCCCAAGUCUGGCGGCAAGAAGCUUGUCGUUCUGACGGCCAACGACAAGGAGUCACUCGCUGGUGUGAUGAAGAAGUUGGUCAUCUAUCUCGAGCAGCGUCCAGAAGUCUUCCAGGCCGAUCUCAUGAAGAACGUGGCAUACACCCUCGGUCAAAGACGAUCACACCUGCAAUGGAGACUGGCGCUCCCCGUCGCGACCUCGUUUGAGCUAGUUGACACCCUGAACGCCGGAAAGGUCAUGCCGGCAAAGACCCAGCCAGAGCCGCUGAGGCUGGGUUUCGUCUACACCGGCCAGGGGGCACAAUGGUACGGCAUGGGUCGCGAGCUGUAUGGCCAAUACCCUGUGUACACGGCCGCGCUCGAUCGCGCUGACGCCCGGCUGAAGGAUUUGGGUGCUACCUGGUCGCUCGUUGAAGAGCUCAACCGGGACGAAAAGACCUCCAAAGUCAAUGAGGCACACAUCAGCCAACCGGCCUGCACAGCUGUUCAACUGGCUAUCACUGAUCUCCUUCUCUCUUGGGGAAUCACCCCCGUGGCCGUUGCUGGCCACUCGAGUGGCGAAAUAUGCGCGGCGUAUGCGGCUGGCAUCAUCACUUUCGACUCGGCUGUCGCCAUCGCAUACCACCGCGGUCGUCUGAUUCCCGUGCUUAGGAAGCGCCAUGCUGAUCUCGCUGGAGGCAUGAUGGCAGUUGGGGGUUCCGAGAGCAACCUGCAGCCCAUGAUUGACGCGGUCAAGCGCAAGCAGCAAGAAGUCCGCAUCGCGUGCUACAACAGCCCGUCAAGCUUGACGAUAUCUGGCGAUGCUGCGGUCCUUGGCGACCUAGAGCGCGUCAUAGAGGAGGAACAGCCCGAGAUGUUCCGCCGUCGCCUGCAGGUUGAUGUUGCCUAUCAUUCGCACCACAUGAACCUCGUGGCUGACGAAUACCGCGACUCCAUCGACCACUUGACCAAGCCGCGGAACACCGACGUGCAGUUCCAUUCCUCCCUGUACGGCACCCGCGCCGAGGGCUACAGGUGCACUUCCAGCUACUGGGUCGACAACCUGACCUGCCCUGUGCGGUUUUCUGAGGCUCUUUCCGGCAUGCUUGAGCAGAAGGCCGAGCAAGGAGGCAUCAAUGCCCUCGUGGAGAUUGGUCCUCACUCGGCCCUUCAGGGUCCCAUCAAGCAGAUCCUUGCCGCCGUAGGCCGGCCCAAGACACCAUACUCUGCGGUCCUUCUCCGCAAGAAGGGUGCCGUCGACACGGCCCUCGAUCUAGCGGGCGGGCUCUUCAUGAAGGGAGCCUUCUUGAAUAUGAACGCCGUCAACUUCCCUGCUGGAUCACUUGGCGCUGCCAGUCAGGGCAGCACCAGGCAGCCGACGCUCCUCACCGACCUCCCGAGGUAUGUCUGGAACCACUCGUCCAAGUUCUGGCACGAGUCUCGCAUGACCCAGAUGCACAAGCACCGCAAGUUUGGGCGCAACGACCUCAUUGGCGUCGAGGCCAUCUACUCGACCGAUGCGGAGCCCGUGUGGCGCAACAUUGUGCACCUAGACGACCUGCCAUGGCUGCGCCACCACCGCGUGCAGUCCCUCACCAUCUUCCCCUUUUCCGGUUUCGUUGCCAUGGCGCUCGAGGCUGCGGCCCAGCUUGCUAAGGGCAAAGACUCACCGUUCGACCACUUUGAAUUGCGCGAUGUGGCUGUUUCGAAGCCGCUGGCGCUUGCCGAGGGCGACGUUGAGAUGACCAUCUCCAUGCGGUCGCACCACGACAAGCAGCAGGGCCAGAUUGGCUGGAAGACCUUCCGCAUCUCGUCCUGGACCCAGGGCAACGGCUGGACAGACCACUGCACCGGCGAGAUUGCGACCCUCUGUGACGACAACAACGAGGUCGAUGGCGAGCGGCAGAAGCAAGCGGCUCGAGCCAAAGUGUGCGCUGCCAUCGCUGCCCUGCAAUCCGAGAACGUGGCCGAGAUCCCCGCAGCCGAGAUGUAUCAGCGCUUGGAGGAGCUUGGAGUCACCUUUGGGCCUUUAUUUCAGGGCCUGAAGGGCUGCACUGCCUCGUCGACGCAUUCUUCAGCUAAUGUGAUGACGGCCGACAUCGCCCAAGACAUGCCCAACCACUACAUGACCGAGUCGGUCCUGCAUCCCAGCGUUCUCGAGUCGUUGAUGCAGAUGUACUGGCCCAUUCUUGGCGCUGGGCGUGCUGGUUCCACUGCCGAGACAGUCUACCUCCCCUCCUCAGUCGGCAAGAUCACCAUCUCGCGUGAAGUCACGAAGCACACGAAGGACACCGGAAGCAUAAUCCGCGCCUACGGUGAAGCUCGUUUCCCUGAUUCCGAACACGAGCCAUCCCCGACCAAUGUCUCCAUCAUGGCGACGGCGCCAGAGAGCAAAGACCUCCUCGUCCAGAUCCAGGAUCUCAAAGUCGCGCCCAUCAUGGAUGGCGAGGCCGAGGUGGAGGCCAAUGCCCCACGCGAGCUUUGUUAUAAGCUCGAGUGGGAGCAGGUCCUGAAGCCCGCCCUUGUCAAUGGUGCCAACGCAACCGUCGGUGCUCUGCCAGAUGCCGACGUGGUCAUCGUGCAUGGCGACACCGCUUUCCAGCACACCCUGGCCCGCUGCCUCGCCGACGUCAUUGAGCGUGCCACCACCCUGUGCCCCGCGAUGGGAACCCUGGGACACAUGGACACCGAGGGGAAGCUCUGUAUCGUGCUGGGCGAGAUCGAUCGUCCGUUCCUGGCCGACCCUACCGAGCAGCAGUUUGAAGCAGUCCGCGCUCUGGCGGGCUCUGCCCAGGCCUUGCUCUGGGUUGUCCGUGGCGCCUACGACUCGUCCACCUCGCCCAACUCCAACAUGAUCUGCGGCCUCAGCCGGACGGUCCGGUCGGAGACGCUGCUUCCCUUUGCCACUCUUGACCUUGACCCGGCGACUUCCAAGAUGUCGGAGGAUAUGGCUAGGCAAAAGAUGGCCAAGUCUGUCUUCGAUGUUGUCAAGCUUGCCUUUUCUGGCGGCCUUUCCGCCUCCAAGGAGAUGGAGUUCAAGGAGCGGGCAGGGAAGCUCUUCACGCCGCGCAUUGUCGACGAUGGAGACACGAACGCAUAUGUCCAUCGUCAGACGAACCCCAACAUCAUCGAGCGCCAGCCGUUUACCCAAAACGGACGCCCAAUCAAGAUGGUCUGCGGGGCGAAGCCUUACUUUGUCGACGACGACUCGGUACAGGACGCAGUGGGUGAUGAAGAGAUCGAGUUUGAGGUGAAGGCUAUUGGGGUGAAUUUGAGCGAUGCUCAGCGCACUGCCAAGCUUGGAUCUCCUGCCGGUCUUGAGGCUUCAGGUGUCGUCACCCGCGUUGGCCAGUCUGUGCCUUCUUUCAAGGCGGGUGAUCGCAUCGCAGCCCUGACUCUCGAGAAGGGCGCUUAUGCGACUCUCACCCGGGCAUCAGCUGCCAACACCCUCCCAAUCCCCGAUACUAUGGCCUUCUCCGAGGCCGCGGCUCUCCCGUUGGCCUACUCCACAGCACAUCACGCCCUUGUUGGACAGGCUCGCCUCGAGCCCGGCCAGACUCUCCUCAUUCACUGCGCUUCCACUCCAGUGGGACAGGCAGCUCUCUGCCUCGCCACAAACAUCAUGAGGUCCGUCGAGGGCAUUUACGCCACCGUUGCCACCGCGGCCGAGAAGACGUUGCUCAUGGAGUGCUACGGUAUUUCCGAGAGCCACAUCUUCCACAGUCGUGGAGUCGCCUUUGGCCCCGCCAUCCGCGCCGCCACGGGAGGUCGUGGCGUCGACGUUGUGCUCAACCAGUCCACCGACGGGGGGGCCGUCAGGGAGACCUGGUCGUGCCUCGAUCGGUUCGGGUGCCUGGUGGACACCGCCUCCGCCUCCUCGCGCCUGGACCUCGGCAGCGAUGGCCGAUCCAGCAACGCCUCCUUUGCCAGCGUCGACAUGCUCAGCCUUGCUGCCGAACGCCCUGCUAUCAUGCAGAGACUCAUCCGUGACAUCGCAAGGCUUUUGGCCGAGGGCAAGCUCCGCGCCAUUGAGGCCGGUGCUGUCUUCCCCAUCUCAGAAGUGCAAGAUGCUUUCAAGUCUGUGCAAAGCGGCAAGAUCGCUGGCAAGGUUGUUGUUGCGCCCAAGUCUCAGGACAUGGUCAUGGCUACCCCAUCCAAGACUACCAAGAACCUGCUCCGAUCUGACGGUACGUACCUGCUCAUCGGUGGCACAGGUGGCCUCGGCCGCAGCAUGGCCAAGUGGAUGGCCGAGAAGGGUGCUGGCAACGUCGUCCUGCUCUCCCGCAGCGGCUCUGCGACGGGCAAGGUCAAAGAAUUGAUCGACUCGGCGAGCGUUAACGGCGCAAACGUCGUGGUACGCCGGUGUGAUGUCGCCGACAAGGCCAGCGUUGACGAGCUUUUCGCAACCGGUCUCGAUGGUCUCCCGCCCGUCCGGGGCAUUGUCCACGGCGCCAUGGUUCUUCGCGACGUGCUCUUCGAGAAGAUGGCAUAUGAGGACUAUACCACAGUGAUCGAGUCCAAGGUUCGGGGUGCCUGGAACUUCCACCACGCGCUUCAGGCGUCCUCAUCGCCCCUCGAUUUCUUCAUCGCCAUCUCGUCGGCCGCCGGCGCCGUUGGCAACCGCGGGCAGGCAGCCUACGCGGCGGCAAACACAUUCCUCAACGCCCUCGUCCAGCACCGCCUGUCCCUCGGCCUCCCGGCCGCAUCGCUGGAUCUUACAGCCGUCUCGGACGCCGGCCACCUCGCCGAUGGCGACCCGGAGCGCGCCGCCGAGGUCGCAAAGAACCUCGGUGCCGAUAGCACAAUCUCCGAGGCCGAGGUGCUUGCUCUCAUCGGCGCGUGCGUCGACGGCCGCACCACGGCCGCCUGCGGAGGGCACGUCAUCACGGGCAUGCGCAUCCCCCCCGCACCCGGCAAACCCUUCUGGCACUCGGACGCCAAGUUCAAGACGCUCCUCGCGACGGCCGAGGAGGCCGAGAGGGAGGCCGGCGGCGGGGGCGACGCGUCCGCGUCCGCGGCGGCGCUGUCGCCGGGGGCCGCGGUCAAGGCGGCGUCGACGCUGGCCGAGGCCGAGGACGCCGUGUGCCGCGGCCUCGUGGACAAGAUCUCGGCGGUGCUCAUGAUGGAGGCCGAGGACAUCGACGUGACGCGCAGCCUGAGCCACUACCCGCUCGACUCGCUCGUCGCCAUCGAGAUCCGCAACUUCAUCACGCGCGAGUUCGAGGCUAACAUGCAGGUGCUGGAGCUGCUCAGCAGCGGGAGCGUGCAGACGCUGACAAAGGCCGUGUGCCGCAAGAGCAAGCUCUGCACCGGGCUGAGCUGAGGGAGACCCGCCCGGGCGUGCGCGAUAUGGGGCGCUAGUGCCUUGUAGAAUGUUUUCUUUUCUUCUCUUUUCUAUGUUGGAUACUUGAAUGUUAUGAGCAAGUCGGCGGGGCUUUUCGAGGGGUGGCUUGAUGGAGUUUUGUUUUGUAUCGGUUCUGGC